AUGGAGUCUCUCAUGUCAAGCAGGAGCCUGUGUCAAGCAGGGACUGUGUCAAGUGAUGAUGCAAGCAAAGGUACUGCAGCUAUGAUAUAUCGCUGGGAUCAGCAUCAGCUGACACCCAGAACUGGUAACAAGCAGAAGCAAAGGAGUGGCCAUUCAGCAGAUGGGCAGUUUGCCUUCAAAAAGGAUACUGAUAUUGAGACCAUUUCUUUAAUGGAGUCACUGUUAGGGAACCUCAUGCAUUUAGCAGUACAAGAAGAUUGCAUAAUACACUUUGGAGAUGUUGGCAAGGUACAGGUACACAAUGGAGUACACACAAUGGAGUACUACACAGGCACUCAAAAUGAUGCUGAGGAAUUGAAUUUACCGAUACAGACAGAUGUUCAUGAUUCAUCCUUAAGCAGAAAAAAGACUAAACUGCAUGCUGUCAGGAUAGUUCCAGCAGCAAUCCUGCUCCCCAUACAAACAGUCCCCACUACACUUGCCAAGACCCGUCAGACUGGUUCUAUUUACAUCAUUAGUGACUUCUUUCUUCACCUCAAUCCAGCCCAUGAAAUUGCUGAUAUAGUCUGGAUGCACACACUUGAUUGCAGACCUCGGUCUCCACAGGGCUCUUCCCUGCUGGUCAGCGAUGUAUCGGAGGGGCAGAAUCAUAUCUCAAUGAUGAUAGUAUUGACUUCUGUGACAGUGUUCCCACAGAAUAAAGCAUCGAGACAGAGCCAGGGUAUGAUGAGGCGAGCUGUGGUGAGGGCCAGAAAGAGAACGUGUUUGGAGCCCUGGGCUAUUGGCCUCAUCACUUUUAUAUCCCUGAUUGUCCUGGCAGUGUGCAUUGGACUUACUGUUCAUUAUGUGAGAUACAACCAAAGGAAGACCUACAAUUACUAUAGCACAUUGUCAUUUACAAGUAACAAACUAUAUGAUGACUUUGGAAAAGAGGCUUCUAAAAAUUUCACUGAAAUGAGCCAGAAAAUUGAAUCAAUGGUAAAAAAUGCAUUUCAUAAAUCUCCAUUGAGGGGAGAGUUUGUCAAGCCUCACAUUAUCAGGUUCAGUCCAGAGGAACAUGGAGUGUUGGCUCAUAUGUUGCUGAUUUUUAGAUUUCGCUCUACUGAGGAUCCUGAAGCCAUCAAUAAAAUUAUUCAACGUGUUCUAACUGAAAAGCUGCAUGAUGCUGUAGGACCCCCUAAAUUAGAUCCUGAAUCAGUUGAAAUUAAAAAAAACAUGGUCUCCUGGACUGUCACUGCGUCCUGGUUCCUUAAUGAAAUCAACAAGACAGAAACAGACAACUUUCUGAACAGUUGCUGUGGGACACGAAGGAAUAAAACUUCAAGACAGAGUCUCAGGAUCGUUGGUGGGACACCUGUAGAGGAGGGAGAAUGGCCGUGGCAAGCUAGCCUGCAGUGGGAUGGGAUGCAUCGCUGUGGAGCAACUUUAAUUAAUAGCACGUGGCUUGUGAGUGCUGCUCACUGCUUUAGAACGUAUAAGGACCCAACCAGAUGGACUGCUUCCUUUGGAGUAACAAUAAAGACUCCAAAGAUGAAGCAAGGCCUUCGAAGGAUAUUUGUCCAUGAAAAAUACAAGUAUCCAUCACAUGACUAUGAUAUUUCAGUUGCAGAGCUUUCUAGCCCGGUCCCCUACACAAAUGCAGUACAUAGGAUUUGUCUUCCUGAUGCAUCUCAUGAGUUCCAACCAGGGGAUGAGAUGUUUGUGACAGGAUUUGGAGCACUGGAAAAUGAUGGUAGUGGUCAAAAUCAUCUUCGGCAAGUACAGGUGGAUCUCAUAGACACUAAAACCUGUAAUGAACCCCAAUCUUACAAUGGUGCCAUAACUCCUAGAAUGUUAUGUGCUGGCUCCUUGAAAGGAAAAAGAGAUGCAUGCCAGGGUGACUCUGGAGGACCACUGGUUAGUCCAGAUGCUAGAGAUAUCUGGUAUCUUGCUGGAAUAGUGAGCUGGGGAGAUGAAUGUGGACAACCUAACAAGCCUGGUGUUUAUACUAGAGUGACUGCUUUCCGAGACUGGAUCCAUUCCAAAACUGGUAUCUAA